AUGGGCCCCUGUACCGCCUCCUCAUGCUGCUGCCAGGCCCCUAAUCUGCCAUGGGCCCCUGUACCGCCUCCUCAUGCUGCUGCCAGGCCCCUAAUCUGCCAUGGGCCCCUGUACCGCCUCCUCAUGCUGCUGCCAGGUCCAGAGUCUCUCAUGGGUCCCUGUACGGCCUCCCAUUGCUGCUGUCUCCAUCGCCACACUCUGCCAUGUGCCACUUUCAGGUCUCCUCACACACUGCUGGUGUGUUCCAUUUUUUGUCAUAGGGUGCUGGCAGAUUACGGGCCUCCCAUAGCUGCUGCCAGGCCCCUAAUCUGCCAUGGGCCCCUGUACCGCCUCCUCAUGCUGCUGCCAGGUCCAGAGUCUCUCAUGGGUCCCUGUACGGCCUCCCAUUGCUGCUGUCUCCAUCGCCACACUCUGCCAUGUGCCACUUUCAGGUCUCCUCACACACUGCUGGUGUGUUCCAUUUUUUGUCAUAGGGUGCUG